UCUCCCAUACCUUCCUCGACUGAUCCCUGGAUCUGGAGGAAGGAGAAGAUUGUCUCCAGCUUGGUGUCAAGGAUGACUGUCCUAUUUCAUGGCUUCUCUCCUUCCACAGCCUGACCUCUCGACAAGGACUGAGUGGAAGAAGCAACAGAGAGAUAAGGCUUGGGAUGCCGGCUGUGGAAUGAGUCUGGGUGCUGGGACCCCCACCUGCCUCUGCCCUCACCGGAGAUGGUGACCUUUAGGGACGUGGCCGUGGUCUUCAGCGAGGAGGAGCUGGGGCUGCUGGAUGCUGCCCAGAGGAAGCUGUACGGAGAGGUGAUGCUGGAGAACUUCAGGAUGCUGCUCUCAGUGGGAGGCAAGAAUCUAGAAGACACGGAGUCUCUCGAGGAGGUGGGACUGAGGCACCUGCCACACGAGGAACUUUUCUGCUCACAGAUCUGGCAGCGAGUUAUAAGGGAGUUAGCCAAGGCUCGAGAUUGCAGAGUACGUGUCGGAGAACAUGGCUCUCCGGUGAAACGAGACAAUCGUGACGACGAGGAGUACAGCAAACAUUCCAGUCAGAAAUCACGGCUCCGACUCCACUGCGGACUAAAUGGUGGUGAAGAACCUGACAGAGAGGAGAGGAGUGAGAAAGACUCCUGGGACUCUCGCCGUCAGGCCGAUGGGCGAUCCCCUGUGGGAGAGAAGAGGUAUAGAUGUGAAAAAUGUGACCUGUCCUUCUGUCGGUUAUCGGGUCUCCAAGCCCAUCAGGUGAGGCACACUGGAGAGAAACCCUACAAAUGUGAGGAGUGUGGCAAGGGCUUCACUCGGGCCUCCACUCUUCUGGACCAUCAGAGAGGCCACACUGGAAACAAGCCCUAUCAGUGUGGCGCUUGCUGGAAGAGUUUCUGUCACAGCUCGGAGUUUAACAAUCACAUACGAGUCCACACGGGAGAGAAACCCUAUGUAUGUGAGGAGUGUGGGAAAGGCUUCAGCCAGGCCUCCCAUCUUCUGGCCCAUCAGAGAGGCCACACGGGAGAGAAACCCUACAAAUGUAGCACGUGUGGGAAGGGAUUCAGCCGGAGUUCAGAUCUUAACGUUCAUUGUAGAAUCCACACAGGAGAGAAACCCUAUAAAUGUGAGAGGUGUGGUAAAGCCUUCAGUCGAGUCUCAAUUCUCCAAGUGCAUCAGAGGGUCCACAGUGAAGACAAACCGUAUCAGUGCUCAGAGUGUGGGAAGGGCUUCAGUGUAGAGUCUCACCUUCAAGCCCACCAGAGGUCCCACACUGGAGAGAGACCCUAUCAGUGUGAGGAGUGUGGGAGAGGCUUCUGUCGGGCGUCCAACUUUCUAGCUCAUCGUGGAGUUCACACAGGAGAGAAACCGUAUCAAUGUGACGUGUGUGGGAAACGCUUCCGGCAGAGGUCCUACCUCCACGACCACCACAGGAUCCACACGGGAGAGAAACCGUACAGAUGCGAGGAGUGUGGGAAAGUCUUCAGUUGGAGCUCAUACCUCAAAGCCCACCAGAGAGUCCACACGGGAGAGAAACCGUACAAGUGUGAGGAGUGUGGGAAAGGCUUCAGCUGGAGCUCAAGCCUCCUGAUUCACCAGCGAGUCCAUGCUGAGGACGAGGGACGCAGAGAUUUCCCUGCGUCAGAAGGCUCACAGGGGAAACAAACUCUAUGAUGUUUUAUAUUUUGGAAUUUCAAAUUGGAAGCUGAAAGGUCCCAAUUCUUAGAGUUCUCAAGGCAGACAAAGGAGUUGUAGGAUCCGUAUUUGAUUGGAAUGGGAGGCUUGGGAGACCACACAUAGAGAAGCCUUGUAAGUUGGAGCUAUGUAGACUUUGGUCAGAACCUUGACCUUUAAUCCACGGAGACAGGAACUGUGGGAAGGUGGAGUGUGACCUGCAGGUCCCUCAACGGAAGGGACCGGAUCUGUUCCACAGGAGCAACGUUCUUACACUGCUGAUUGCGGCCACACGUGGGGCUUCAUAACUGUAAGCGACAGUCACGGGAUAUUUAGGGACGCUACAAGCUUUCUGCACAUCCAGUGACCAAAACCUCAGAAUUCAUCAGAAACAACAUCACCGAAUGGCAACCAGUGCCAAGGAGUGGUCUCUAGAAACUCUCCGUCUCACUGAUGACUGUAGCCUGGGGAAGUGGUUUCCUGAGGAGAAUUUGAAUUCUAAGCUAUAAGACUUAACCACGAGUGACCAAAUCAAAUUCAUCUUGGAGAUCCUCACUUAACAAGGACCCUUUUAAGAAGAACUAUAGUCUAGUCACAUGUGAGCCCCUGGGGUCAAUGCAACUGUUUCAAGUUCUCAAUGAUGUUCUAGCUAUCAGAGAGGAAAUGCCAGAACAGACAGCCAACAGAAUUUUGAAACUUUUUGGUAUCCUCAAAUACAGACCUUUGGGGAAAGGCUGCAAGCAAGAGGACCUUUCUAGGGUUUGAUGAUUGGAAUAAACCUGUAAUUUACCCAUUGCGUCACUGGCUUCUUCAGAUGAAUGAUGAACUUUAAAAAAAGGAGGGGACAUACAUAUUUAGCUCAUUUGAAAAAUAAAACAGGAGGUGCCAAGUGAGUUCUUGAAGAUGAGACUGCGGCUGAUACCAAUCAGCAAUAUGGAGAGCUGAUGGGCGGGCGCCUUUAAAACGCUGCAGAAAGCAUGUGAGCAGCUGGAAACAUCUGGAUUUUUUUUUUUUUUUACAGCAGAUAUAUGAAGGGAUGCAAGUGCAAUGGAAGAACUAAAAGACCAUCUCAUUAAGAGAGUUGAAUGUUUGAAGAAGAGGGCGAAGACUGUUCAGAAUCGUCAGCCGAUGCUUAAAAUAGCAAGUCAGCUUUGAGUUGAGAAAGAGAAGAAUUUCUUGCACAACAGAAACAGGAGAAAAGGAAUCAGCCAUUCGCGUGGUGUAGAGACUGUAAAGAGGUUGGAGCCAGCUGACAAGAAUGUGGCGUGCGGCAGCGGGCAGAGGCUAGAGGAGACACAAUUAGUUCAUAUGUGGUCACUGAAAAAUUCCCCAAAUAAUUAGCAAGAAGCAAGAAUUACAUUUGUUUGUUUAUUCAUUCAUUUAUUUUUAUGUCGAAAGUGGUCCACAGUGACUAUCUCCAACUUAAGUCUGAAGUCAGUGAAAUAAACACGGAGAUCAGUUGCUUGAAAAGAAAACGAUGAGAAGCGAGCCAAUUAACUAAAGGCAAGCUCUCACUGUAUAGGUAACAGGCAUCCAUCAUUUCUUGUGAAGCAGCACAAGCUGAGGAACUUCAGGAGACCAAUGAGAAGGAAGCUUUGGCAUGGAAAUGGGGCGGGGCUAGCAGAACAACAGGAGAGGGCAGUUGGGACAGAGGGUGCUAGGAGACAAGCGAGCCAGGAGCAGUUGAGCUGAGCAGAUAGGGCUACAACAGUCGCUAUAGUUUGGAACAGUUAGAAUUGGGGAAACUGGGAGGAGGGACUGUUUACACCCUUGGGAAACAGAGAGGAAUGGUUGGGAGAAAUGUUUGAAGGGGCUGGGCUAGAAACACGAAGCGGGAGUUAGGAGAACUGGUUACUGUCGUGAAACAGCCAUUUACCUCUAGGCUAACUGCUAUGUUGAUUAAUGGCAAUAUGUUUAACUUUCCUAAGAACAACUUGAAACAAAGCACAGCUGUUCAUUCUGUAUUUUCCCCAUCAGCAUGUCAGGUACAGUUAGGUUCUCGCGUGUUAGCAUUUUCUCUUGUUUUUAUCUCGUUUUCCCCUCUCACAAGCUCAUUUUGCUUACAUCCAUUUCUUUAAAAAAACCUAUCUAAAGAUAAACAUCUUUGUUCGCUAUUCAUAUUUCUAUUUAAAUUGCUGAACCGUGAUUGAAUCUUUGUUCCUUUUUAAAAGUUGGUCUUGUUCUGGGCCUUUAAGAGUUUUCAAGGACUGGCAAGGUGGCUCAGCAGGUAAAACACUCCUGUUGCCCAACCUAACAAGUGAGUGCAAGGAGAGAAUUUACUCCUGUACGCUGUCCCCCACGCAUACAUGAACACACCAAUAAAUAGUUUAUUUUUUGAUUUUUCAAAAAAA